AUGAGUGGAUGGAACGAUUUGUCUCAAUUGCCACCAGUGACAUCAUCUCGGCCUCGGCAUCUUCCUUCCCGAAAUUGUGAAACCGCACUCACAGGCAUCUCCGGGCCUAUUUCUGGUGCAAGUGCUUCUUCUCGGAGUCCCCCGGCCAGAGAACAAGCACCCAAAAAGAAGGCGUUCCUCCGCGAUCGGGGGAAUGCUUCCCCCAAGUCAUCUUCGGAAGUCAUGGUGACGAGCCUUCUGCCCGGUGCGGCCACAGAUACCUUGAUGAUUGACGAUGAUGGAGAAGCUAGCGAGGAGGAAGCUUCUCUACAUAGAAGACGACGACCUUCCUCAACUCAACAGACUUCUCAAUAUGUUGAGUUAAUUACACCAACCGAGGAUGAUGUCUCGGCACUCUGGGGGGACACUGCGUUUGUCGCAACUGCUUCUCACCUUUCACCACCAUCAUCUUUAUCUUCAUAUUCACCAACACCAGCAAUUGCUCCAUCUUCUCCACCUUCAUUAACUCUUCCACCAGCAACUACUACAUCAUAUCCACUGGUCGCAUCUGCCCUAGAAGAGGGUGUUCUUCUUCCCCAGUCCCCACAAAGAGAGCAAGAAGUGGUAACCCUUAGCCAAGAUAUUGGCCCGCUGAGGGUUAAAUUUAAUGAAGCCAAGGCCAAAUGGGUUGAAGUCCAUAGUGUCGUUCUUGCUGCAACCAAUCGCGAGGCUGCCUCUACUGAAAGAUUGACCAACUUAGAGGCAGCCUUGAACUCCAAAACUGAAGAGCUUGCUGCCACGGGGGUGAAACAUGCCCAGUUGGAGGAGAAGUAUAAGAAGACUAUUGAGCAUAAUAGGCUUUUUAGCUCAACUGUCCACGAGCUCAAUGUUAGCCUCAAGUCCAUUAGAUCCGCCCAGGAAAACCUUUCUGCCGAGGUUACCCAACUCAAACAAGAACUUAAGCGCCGAGAGGUUUUCCUCGUUGUUGAGAAAAAUUAUGUUAUGUACAUCACGAGGAGAAAACCCUUGAAAGAGGCUAAAGCGAGUAUCAUUGACUUUGAUGUGGAAAUUGCUAAGGCCCGUGAGCUUAAGUCAGCUACUAAAAUGGGUCUCCCGCCAGGGCCUGAUGCUUCCGGUUCUUCAGGUUCCGGUUCUGAAAUUUUGGGAAUUGUAGAGAAAAUGGAAGGCGAAGAUGUUAAAGGCCAAACUGAUUAG